GGCAACUCUCACAGCACGAUUCUCUGCCGAGAAGACAAGUGCACAUUUGUCAAGAGAUGCCGUCAUGAGCCGGAUCCAAACUCCGCAAUGCCUUUAGAACAGUGUCACCGAAAACCUCGUGAACAUGUUAAUUUUGCUUUUAGAGGACCGAGGAAUGUCUUCGUACAACUUGAUUCACUGAUUUGUGUUUCAAUAAUUUUUUAAGAUUGAUGCAGGCUUCGGUUUACACGUUACUAUUCACGUUAUUGCUAAUAUCAUUAUUUUUAGUUAAUUCAAUAAAAACAUCUGUGUAUGACCUAGGUUAAGGUGCUUAGAUCAUCACUGUAUCUUGACUAGACAGGAAUUCACGAGUGACGUUAGAUACGAGAGUGCAUCCAGCGGGCUGCUCUCAGAAUCAUGACGAUUCUCACGUCGUAACUGGCAGAUUGAGCACAGACGUAUGGCCGAAGGUUCCUGAGCUAAGCAUGUCGAUGCUGCAAAAUUUGCAAAAACCCCGAAGACAGCCAUUCCAGUCUCUAAGGCGAGUGUGUUCGUUGGGGAAGCCCGAUCAGUAUAGUCGAGGUUUUACUCCACGAUUUGGAUACUUCCAGGUCUCGAGGUGCUUUGGAGAAAGGUGGAAGUAGUCACGAGAUUUGGGUGUUAGCGAAGGAUUGUUCCAUCUGGUUGUAAGGAGCCGAUGAAUUUCGCUAAUUUUGUGAUAAGUGUUGAGGGACAUGGGAUUACGUGUGGGUUUGAGGUGUUGUGAUAGUUUGUUGUUGCUUCUUGUGCAGAUUACCUUGCUCCAGGCGCUUUUCACCUUGCUCUCUCCUGAGACGUCCGCUUGCUUCGUUCUAUAGUAACUCAAUUUAAUUGCUGGGAUUAGGGUUCGUGGUCACAGUGAGCCCUUCAAUCGCAAUUCAUCACAAUUGGCAGGAAGUAAGCGGUCAGUUUGUGAGUCUUAGAUGCUUGAAUUUUCCUAAAUCGAGGGGAGUUCAUCAAUGCAAGUUCUUCAUGUCUUCAACUUUGAGCGUCGUUGCUGGCUGCUGAGUUUUCCCAAUCCCAAUUUCGGCUCUGUUCUCUGUCUUCGACGGUAUUCAUUUAAUUGUUGCGCGCCUGUGCGGGAUUUGUACUAGGGUAUUCUGUAGCUGGCGUGGGUAAUCAGAGUAGAAGUUUUGCGAUUCUCCGUAUAAGAAAUUGACGAGCCACCUAUUCAUCGAAUUGUUUGGCCAAUUAGGGUUUUGGGAUUUAUUCUUUCGUCUCCAGUUACUGUGCGAUAUGUGCCUUGAGUGGCUCUAUUGAGGAAUUUUUCAUUUUAUAGACUUGGAGUAUGGGGUUUACCGUCCUCAGAGUUUUCCUCCUCUCUGCCUCCAUCAGCCUCUUGCUGCUCCCAGGCUUUUCAGCGAAAUUCGAGCCUUCUUCGAACGAGACUGCAUACGAUGGAAGAUACUCCAAGUUUAAGAUUGUUGUGGAGGAAACAGAAGCAGAAAACAUUGUUCUCACAGGAAAUGCAAGUCCGGAUGCCUCAGUUAGUGGCGACGACGGAGACGGUGGAAAUGUUGCUGGGAUCAUGGUUACCCUCUCUGAAUCCGGAUUGACAUACGCGAAGGAAAUGCUCGUGAACCAACUACUUGAAGAGAUAACCCCCUUGAUGUUACCAGACAUCAAAACGCACACUGACUCUCCCUUAGGCCGCGUUGACAUGGAAAUAUCCCACAUCGAGCUCUCUGGGGCGAAUGUUUCAUAUUCGGAUGUUGAUCUUUGGAAGACGGGCAUUACUGUGUUCGCUGGGGAUAUUAACGCCCGGAUUCGCCUCCAUUGGUAUUUUAAAUUUAUGUCUAUGUUUGUGCCGUUUCCCCUUAGUGACCGCGGAUGGGCGGAUGUGGAGGUAAAUAACAUGGUAGCGGGCGUGUCAUUUUUUCUUCAAGCACACAAUGGAACGGUGCGGUUAACAGUCGUUGAGUGUGGAACCGGCAUCGAUGAUCUUGAUAUUCAAUUGCAAGGAGGGGCAUCGUGGCUUUAUCAGUUGUUUGUGUAUGCCUUUGACGAGGAGAUUCGUGCAAUACUUGAAGCUGCAAUAACAAAGAGAAUUAUUGCAAGCAUAGCGCAGCUGGAUAAUAACCUCCAAUUACUCCCUCGCUACUUACCUAUAGACGAUGUCUCUGCUGUUGAUGUGACCAUUGUACAAGACCCGCUGGUGAGCCUUACGUUUCUCAGCGUGGGUGUGAGGGGAGAGUUUACCUCCCUGAGUAAACCCUCAAACUUCACAUUUCCUGAUCAUGGGUUGCCUCCUGGAUUGUUCUGUAAUGACUCCACAAAGAUGGUCACCAUUGCCCUCUGUGACUACGUCAUCAAUUCGGCAGCCGCUGUAUACUAUGAGGCUGGAUAUCUGGAGUGGAUAGUAGACGAGCUACCACAGGAAUCAUGGUUAAACACUCACUUUUGGCGUUGGCUUAUACCCCAACUGUACAAGAAAUAUCCAAAUACGGACAUGGCAUUGGGCUUUGCCAGUUCUGCACCACCAACGGUUCAACUUAAGACUGAUGGCGUAACAGCGAAUGCCGUAGCUGAUUUGACCUUGUCGGUGAAAACCGAGGGGAAGUCACUCCCUGUAGCUUGCAUAUCUCUGGCUCUGUCCAUGGAUGCGAUCUUCAAUGUUGUGGGUAAUAAUAUUACGGCUGAAGCAACUCUGAAUGAUUUGACCCUCGAGAUGAACUGGAGUGACAUUGGGAAUUUUCCUGUCAACCUCCUUCAGCCCACACUGCGAACAGUCAUCUCAAGAGUGAUUCUCCCCAUCUUGAAUAGAAAGUUGGACCAUGGCUUCCCCUUGCCUGUUCUAUCAGCUGUUGACCUGGAAAAUGCCGACAUCCGUUACGAGGAGGGUUACAUCUUUAUAUGUAGCGAUGUGUACUACAAAUUUGGCUUCAUAAAGCCGCCGCGUCCGUCUACAGAAGCAGAAAUGUGAUUAUUUGAUGUCAUUAUUUCUCAACUGAUCUGACAGAUGCCAAGCUUACACAUGAUUGUCUGAUCCGAUUUGUAAGCUAGAGGGUUUGAAGGCUGUGGAUAUGUCUGUCCAAGAAAGAAACCUAUCAACAUACGAUAGAGAGUCAAAGUUACUACAGUAGUGUUCAAGGCUCACAUGGAUCACAUGAAUUUUGCGGCAGGAUCCAUAAGCUGAGCUUGGGCUUGUAGAUGUCUGAGCCCCUAGGGUGAUUUGGUUGUACAAGGUAAUGUAUCAUGAAUGAUCUUAAGUUUUACUUCAGGAAUACCAGAGUGUAGUUGUGUAAUCAUGUGAUAUUAUCUUACUUGGUUCCUUCUCAUGAGAGGGAUCCACCGUUUUCUAUU